AUGGCCCAAAAUAAAUCUAAAUUUAAAUUUCAUUCAACUUGUGACACCAACAGGUGCGCACUGUUCGCUGGAAAGUUCUCUGGUCAAUCUGUAGCUACCUCUGUUACUCAGAGGCCUACUACACAAUAUAUCAAUCUAGAUAAGUUAGAAAAUGGUACUGUAUUUCUCCUGCCAGUCACUGACAAUGAAGAUACUAUGCCAGAAAAUGACCCAGCUGAAGUUGUGGCCUGUAAAACUAAAAAGGGUAGAAAAAGAAUUAGAGCAAAAGCACCUUCUAGCUUACGUAAAAAGAGUAAAACUUCUGCUUCUGCACAAACACCUACAUUAAUUUGCAAAUCCCCUCAUAGAUCAUAUUCUCCCACAACUCCAAAAAAUAACUAG